CUGGUCACAUGGGGGCCCAGUAUCUAAGCGAUAGAGGCGAGACGGAACGGGGAACUUCAAACUGCGGGCAGAUCGAGUCGAGGCGGAGGGCGAGGAGAGAGCGGAAUACCGGGAGGCGAGUACACGCCCGAAGGGAAGGCACACGUACUGAAAAUGCCCACGAACUUCACAGUGGUCCCGGUGGAGGAUGGAGAGGUGGACCUGCGGGAGGAGGACGAGGAAGCCCCGCACCGCUCCCAGGAGGCCUUCUCAGAGGAUGGCAUCCCGAGAGAGAGCAGUCCCUUCAUCAGCAACGCCGACACGGAGCAGGACAGUUACUACGAUGGGAAGAACAUGGCGCUCUUCGAGGAGGAGAUGGACAGCAACCCCAUGGUCUCGUCUCUGCUCAACAAACUGGCCAACUACACGAACCUGACGCAGGGGGUCGUCGAGCACGAGGAGGCCGAGAACGAGGAGGGGGCCAAGAGGAAGACGGUCAAGAAUCCACAGAUGGGCACCUUCAUUGGCGUCUACCUGCCCUGCAUGCAGAACAUCCUGGGCGUCAUCCUCUUCCUGCGUCUCACCUGGAUCGUGGGCACGGCCGGCGUCCUGGAGACCUUCGCCAUCGUCUUCAUGUGUUGCUCCUGCACGAUGCUAACGGCCAUAUCGAUGAGCGCCAUCGCAACCAACGGCGUGGUACCAGCUGGCGGUUCCUAUUACAUGAUUUCCCGCUCCCUGGGACCCGAGUUUGGCGGAGCUGUGGGCCUCUGCUUCUACCUGGGCACCACGUUCGCCGGGUCCAUGUACAUCCUGGGUACCAUCGAGAUCUUUCUUACUUACAUAGUGCCCAACGCUGCCAUCUUCGCGGCGGAGAAGAAGGAAGACGCGGCGGAGGCCAUGCUCAAUAACAUGCGCAUCUACGGCACUUGCUGCCUGCUCUUCAUGGCCCUGGUGGUCUUCGUGGGCGUGAAGUACGUCAACAAGCUGGCGUUGGUCUUCCUGUCCUGCGUGGUGCUCUCCAUCUUGGCCACGUACGCCGGGGUCAUCAAGACGGUCAUCGAGCCCCCAGACUUCCCCGUCUGCCUGCUGGGCAACCGGAGCCUGGAGAACCACGACUUCGACAAGUGCCUGAAGACAGAGGUGUUCGGCAACGCAACGGUGAGCACGGAGCUGUGGAAGCUCUUCUGCGACAGCCCGUUCCUCAACGCCUCCUGCGACGAGUACUUCGCCUCCAACAACGUGAGCGAGAUACAGGGCAUCCCCGGGCUCCUGAGCGGCGUCAUCUCGGACAACCUGUGGAGCAACUACGGGCCGACCGGGAUGCUCGUAGAGAAGAAAGGGCAGCCCUCUUUGCCUGCCCAAGACGCCUCGAGGGACGGCUACCUACCCUAUGUGUUCAACGACAUCGCCACGUCCUUCAUGCUGCUGGUGGGGAUCUACUUUCCCUCAGUGACGGGAAUUAUGGCUGGAUCCAACAGGUCCGGAGACCUGCGAGAUGCCCAGAGGUCCAUUCCCACUGGGACCAUCCUGGCCAUAGCGACCACCUCCUUUAUCUACAUGUCUUGCGUCGUCUUGUUUGGCGCCUGCAUCGAGGGUGUUGUUCUGAGGGACAAGUUUGGUGACUCGGUCAAAAGGAACCUGGUGAUCGGCACGCUGGCCUGGCCCUCCCCGUGGGUCAUUGUCAUCGGCUCCUUCUUCUCCUGCUGCGGGGCAGGGCUGCAGAGCCUCACCGGCGCCCCCCGGCUGCUCCAGGCCAUCGCCCGCGACGGCAUCGUGCCCUUCCUGCAGGUGUUCGGUCACGGCAAAGCGAACGGAGAGCCCACGUGGGCCCUGCUGCUGACCGCCGGCAUAUGUGAGAUCGGGAUCCUGAUAGCCUCUCUGGACGCAGUGGCCCCCAUCCUCUCCAUGUUCUUCCUGAUGUGCUACUUGUUUGUGAACCUGGCGUGUGCGGUCCAGACUCUACUGCGCACCCCCAACUGGAGACCCCGCUUCAAGUUCUACCACUGGACGCUCUCGUUCCUCGGCAUGAGUCUGUGUCUCUCCUUGAUGUUCAUCUCGUCCUGGUACUACGCCUUGGUGGCCAUGCUGAUCGCUGGGUGCAUCUACAAGUACAUUGAAUACAGAGGGGCAGAGAAGGAGUGGGGAGACGGGAUCCGCGGGCUGUCGCUCAACGCCGCCCGCUACGCCCUCAUCCGCCUGGAGGAGGCGCCGCCGCACACCAAGAACUGGAGGCCUCAGCUGCUGGUGCUGCUCAACCUGGAUGCGGAGUUGGGGGUCAAGCACCGGCGCCUGCUCUCCUUCACCACUCAGCUGAAGGCCGGCAAAGGCCUGACCAUCAUCGGCUCCGUGCUGGAGGGCACCUACAUGAGCAAGGCGGCCGAGGCGAAGCGGUCCGAGCAGAACGUGAAGUCUGCCAUGUUGGCUGAGAAGACCAAGGGCUUCUGCCACGUGGUGGCGUCCUCCAACCUGCGCGACGGCUUUUCCCACCUCAUCCAGACGGCGGGGCUCGGCGGGAUGAAGCACAACUCGGUACUGAUGGCCUGGCCGACGAGCUGGAAACACACGCAGGACUCGGUCUCCCGGAGGAACUUCAUCGAGACCGUGAGGGAGACGACAGCGGCCCAUCAGGCUCUGCUGGUGGCCAAGAAUGUGGACGGCUUUCCCGGCAACCAGGAGCGUCUGGAGGGCACCAUCGACGUGUGGUGGAUCGUGCACGACGGGGGGCUGCUCAUGCUGCUGCCUUUUCUGCUCCGACAACACAAAGUGUGGAGGAAGUGCAAGAUGCGCCUCUUCACUGUGGCUCAGCUGGACGACAACAGCAUCCAGAUGAAGAAGGACCUGCAGAUGUUCCUUUACCAGCUGCGGCUCGAUGCCGAAGUGGAGGUCGUGGAGAUGCAUGAGCGCGACAUCUCGGCCUUCACCUACGAGAAGACCCUGGUGAUGGAGCAGCGCUCCCAGAUGCUCAAGCAGAUGCAGCUGUCGAGGACGGAGCGCGAGAGAGAGAUUCAGAGCAUCGCGGACGAGUCUCGCAGCUCCAUCAAGAGGAAGAACAGACUCGGUAACGAGCUGCAGCUCCCUCUGGACCACACGCGGCAAGGAGAGGCCCAGCUCAUUCACGACAGGAACACCAAGUCCCACGCGACCCUCAACGACAAGGCCGGCCCCGUCCCUGACCGAGUGCACAUGACCUGGACCAAGGAGAAGCUCAUCGGCGAGCGGAACCGGCAGCGCGAGGCCAACGUCGGGGUGCGGGACCUCUUCAACAUGAAGCCAGAGUGGGAGAGUCUGAACCAGUCCAACGUGCGCAGGAUGCACACCGCCGUGGAGCUCAACAAGGCCAUCGGCAGCAAGUCCAGAGGAGCCCAGCUGGUCCUGCUCAACAUGCCGGGUCCACCCAAAAACAAGGGCGGAGACGAGAACUACAUGGAGUUCCUGGAGGUCCUCAUGGAGGGGCUGCCCCGGGUCUUGCUGGUGCGGGGAAGCGGGAGGGAGGUCAUCACCAUCUACUCGUAGCGCUGCCGCUGGAGCGGGUCUGCGGGAAAGCCCUCUCGCGGCCAACCGAGGACGAGGUGCGGCGGUCCCGGAGCCGCCUCUCACCCGGACCGGAGGGCGAUGUGUCCCGGCACCCCCGACUUCGACUGUUCUUGUGCAAUUCGGGGAUCUCGAAUCAGUUAGUGUUCGGAGCACGUUUCCAUUGUCAUUUAUGUCGUCUGUGCGUGUGUGUGCGUGUGUGUGUGCGUGUGUGUGUGCGUGUGUGUGUGCAGGCGCACACGGGAGAGCACACGGUGCAGGUACAGAUGUGCUCCGCUCUUUCCCUUUUAGUGUAGACCGACUACAAAUCCGCUCUGCUUUUUGUUCUUGGUGACGUCUUGAAAAGGUGCACAUAGGAGCGCCGGGUGUGUUCGCACUUCUCCUGUUACUCAGACGUCGACAUAUAUAACAUUACAAGUACUUUGUAGGACAUUAAUGUGUACGCUGGGAGGGUAACACUGUCUAUUAUGAUGGCUGCCAACUGGAACGUGCGCGCGUGCACCUGCACGACUACAGGAGCGCAGUGGACAAGCACAGGAUGACUUUACUUCGGGUUUUGGACUAACCGGAAACGCGACUUUCCCGCAGACGCUCGUGCAUCCGGCGUCAAGAGCUUUGCUUGGGGAAGCGGCACUGAGCGCCGAGUCCGUCUUCCACGGCGUUGCGUUUUCUCUCGCUGACAUAUCAGAAAGUCGCGCGCGCAGCGCAACCUCGCUGCGUUAAAGAACUCAUCCGUUCAGCGUUUGCCCCUCCGGGAAUGGAAAGCAACGGGGGCUGCGGUGCUUCUCGCGCUCAGACCGCCGACCGGCGGAUCGAGGCGUCGGUGCGCCGAACGUGCGUCCGUUUUCAUUUUCCAUCCGUUCACCUGGGACGGGAACCGAGGAUGAGCGACGCUCAAACUUUAGCUCCUCCCGAAAGGCCGGGACGCUCCGGCACACCCUCGCCUUUGGUUCGGCUUAAAGCGGACGCGUCGUGCGGUGAGGGAUCUUCCGGAAGUACGUCUCAAGCGUACAGUAUUCGAGCGAAUUAUUGCUGUGCGGAGGCGGGUUGCGCGCGUCCCUCUGCUCCCCCCCGCGUCCUCGUUUCACCGCACCGGUUACGCGCUUCCGCACUAAGAGGUGGUGGAGACGUCCACCGGGACGGCGAGUCUCACCCGCAUCGGAGCGGCCUCCGGGUCCCUUCCGCCGAAGCCGUGAAGUCGGCGCGAACCAGAAGCCGCGUCUUGGACUCGUGACACACCGUUUACGGCGUAGGGUUUGACUUAACGUGUUUCCCGAAAACGAUCCCGUCCCGUUCCGUUCGCCCUCAUCUCUUUCAACCGCGUUUCCCGGGAAACCCGCUCUAACUACAUAGAAGGUAUGAGGAGCUCAGCUUCCGGAGUCCACCGGCCGGACGUGGCGCAGAUAAUGGAAAACGCUGCACGCGUGUGAGUCUGCGCUGUUUAAGCAGCUGUUGCGACCCAGCAGCACCUCAUAAUAAAGCAGCUGGAGGCGUCUGCCGUGCCGCUUCAGUGGACAGUUAACCCCGAAGCUCCUUUUUCGGGAUCCUUCUCGCGUGUCCCGAUGUUUGGGGCGGAAACCGUUCGGAAAGAACAGACCGUGUGGAUCAUUCGCCUGCUGCUCUACUGCUGUUUUUUGCUUUUUUUUUAACCUCUAAUUAGAUACGGUAUAUCCUGUAUUGUCGUCGUACGAACUGCAUAGCAAAUGUAACAUAAUGUACAGCACUUUUUUAGUUUGACUUUAUAAACUGUGCUUGUGAUUUCACUCUGCAUGGCCUCAAACGUGCCAAUGAGAAUAAAAAGAAGCUGUACAAAUGUGUGCUUUUUUGCACCUUUUCUGCUCCAUCGGACGUUCUCGCACGCUGCGUAUCGUCACCUGGGCGAACUGCGUCGGCUGCUUUCCGACCGAGGACGCGGAUCGGGCUCCGGGGCGUCGCUGCCGAAACGCAUCGUCCCGCUCGGCGACGUGAGUCUUCUGGCGGCUGGCUGCACGGUAAACGCACGGUAAACACACGGUAAACACAUACCUUAUGUGGUCCUUUCCGUCGCAGUCGCACGCAGACAGCCGACGUGUCGUCGGUUUCUUCCUCAAAAUGUCUUUUCCUGUGUCUCCGACCCGGUCGUCUUGGGCUGGACGGGUUUGUCCGCGGGACAGGAGGGGCCGCAUCUCGUCCCGCAUGUGGAGAACGUGCUGAACGCGCAGCCCCUUUUCAUUACCGUCGUUAUUCUAUUAAGGAUUCGCUGCAGAUUUGUGAAAGUACUUUAACUGGACUACGGUAAAUGACGAAUCCGUCUGUCCGUUGAGGAAUUGAAGGUUAAGUCCCGCGUCUCUUUCACCUGCCGGAGGGUGUGCGGAAGUACAAAGCAGGGGGUUCAUUGACGGAGCUGUUUGGAGCCUUACGUGCCUAAAUAUUAGCGCUGUAAUUACACGCUCUUUACCCUCGUUGCACCACGCUCCUUGUGAUCACGACAGCGAGGACGUCGACGCGUUUUCUUUUUGCUCGCUUUGUUCGCGGUUACGGAGCUGCUUGUUUUCGCCGCUGUUUCCACUGGCGAUAUGAUAUAUAUCCUAAGUUUGGAUGUACAAAUUGCAGGCGAAUCGCGUUUACUUACAAAAAGUUCGGAAUGAAGCCCUUCUGCUAGAACUGAUUUCCUGGCGUGAAUCACGUCAGUUGGCAGUUAAGGUUCGCACACGUAUCUCGAAUUCUGUGGUGUUUACUUUGAGUAGUGAAAUACCGAUGAAGUACUUUGAAACGUACCGCACCUGACCACUGAUCUUCACAAAGAAUACUUUUCGCGCCCAAAUAUCGCUAAAUAUUUUGCCGAACUUCUGUCCAAAUCCGCCCGUUGAGCGCUUGCUACUUCCAAGGCUCCCUGCGCUCUGAGAGCUUCAUUCAUGGGCAGUGGGGGGGGGGAGCAACCCAGGGGGGCAGGUGGUGCUGUCACUCCCU